AUGAAGAAAGUACUUGAUCUCCAUGAAUUAUGUAUUGACAAGAUGAGAGGUCAAGGAUAUGAUGGUGCGAGUAAUAUGCGGGGUGCAUGGAAUGCGCUACAAGCAUUAUUUCUUAGAGAUUGCCCAUAUGCAUAUUAUGUACACUGUUUUGCUCAUCAACUACAGUUAGCAUUAGUUUCAGCAUCAAAAGAAGUGGCUACAAUUUGGUUAUUCUUUUCAUCAUUGAAUUCAAUUGUCAAUGUCAUUAGGGUUUCACCAAAACGUCAUACUGAGUUACAAGUUGCUCAAUCAAUGAAUAUUGUAGAGCUAUUGAUUACUGGUGAACGAGAGACUGGUAGAGGAGCUAAUCAAAUUGGUACCUUGCAUCGACCUGGAGCUACUCAGUGGAGUUCUCAUUACGAUUCCGUUUGUGAUUUAAUAGAAAUGUAUGAUGCAAUUUGUACGGUUCUUGAGAAUAUAAAGGAGGAUGGAUCCACAGGCUCCUUACAUGGGGAAGCUACUAGUGGAUACAAUGCGAUUAGGCAAUUCAAAUUUGUAUUCAUCUUGCAUCUAUUGAAAGAAAUUAUGGGACUCACAUAUAUCCUUUGCCGAGAACUACAACAUAAGUCUCAAGACAUCGUGAAUGCUAUGAACCUAGUUGGUACAACAAAAGAUGUCCUUGAAAAAUUGAGAAUAAAUGGUUCAGAAACUUUUAUUGGGAAAGUAGAUUUGUUUUGCAAGAAACAUGACAUUGAUAUGCCUGAUAUGAAUGCUCAAUAUAAAGUGGGAACAGGUCGUUCUUGUCAGCAAAAGGACAAUAUUACAGUUGAGCAUCAUUACCACUUUGACAUAUUCAAUGAUGCAAUAGAUUUUCAAUUGGCAGAGUUGAACAGUAGGUUUAGUGAAGGGGCAAUGGAACUUCUUAUUCUUAGUUCAGCUUUGGACCCUAGUGAUUCUUUUAAAUCAUUUAAUAUUGGUAAAAUUUGCAGCCUUGCAGAGGGAUUUUAUCCUCAAGAUUUCACUCUAAAAAAGUUACAUAUUUUGAGAUGGCCCCUAAAACUUUACGAGGCAGACGUACCUCAUCAUCCUAUACUUUAA